AUGAGAUUCCUCUCUUUAUGCACACUUUCUCUCGGCGUGGCUAGCUCGGCCGUGGCAUCCACGACUAGUGGUGUCGCCCCUAUCGAGAUUUCGUCCCUUGCCAGUAGCUACACCUCCAAGCCCUAUACCGAUGCUGGCACUGUUGAGGCAAUCCGAAAUACCCUAGCCCUCUAUGCUUUUGCUAUUGAUGGCAAAGACUUCGACGCCCUCAGCAAGGUCUUUACCACUGAUGCGGUAGCCAACUACUCGGCCCCCCUCAACGUAUUGACCCCACUGAAAAACAUUCAAUCUGUGCUGGACACAAGCUUGGCAUGUGUAACCACGCAGCAUAUGUUUGGUACCCAAAGAAUCGAUGUACUGUCACCCAGCACGGCCAAAUCGGUGACAUACUACCGUGCGGCUCACUUCGGGAAAGGAGACAAGGCGAGUGAGGUAGCCUAUGCUUAUGGCCAAUAUCAGGAUAACUGGCAACGUCAGUCUACUGGUAAUUGGCGUAUCGUUCAUCGCAAUCUUGUUUAUAUGGGUCCCAACAUUGGCGACUUGUCUGUUUUCGUAUGCUAG